AUGCGUCAACAGCUCAUUGAGAGACUCCAGGCCUUACAGCUCAAGCACAACACCGUUGUCGAGAAAGACUACGUGUAUAUUGGUGAGGAGAGCUCCCAAGAAAAGGUCCCCUUCGCCCCAUACAAGACGGAUGUGUCUUCGACCACGAUAGAGGAAUGGGCGAAAGAGCUCCUGGAAGACCCAAAGAAUCGUCUCGCUCUCGCAGCCCUCAGCUCCAACAACGCGAACAACGUCCUAAGCUCCCGCGCGGCUACCAUUGCCGAUAUCCAGAACUUCAAUGUCAAGAUACCGCUGGAGGGGUCUCCAGUGACAAACCAACGAUCGUCGGGCCGAUGCUGGCUUUUCGCGUCCACAAAUGUGUUUCGCGUUGCGAUCAUGAAGAAAUACCGCCUUGCGUCCUUUGAGCUAUCUCAAGCCUACCUUUUCUACUGGGAUAAGCUCGAGAAAGCCAACUAUUUCCUCGAAAACAUACUAGAUACGGUGGACGAGCCUCUGGAUGGCCGUCUUAUCCAAGCACUGCUUGCAAGCCCAGUCAGCGACGGUGGGCAAUGGGACAUGGUCGCCAACUUGGUGCAGAAGUAUGGUCUCGUCCCUCAGAGCCUAUACCCCGACUCCUUCAACGCCAUGAACUCAUCAUCCAUGGACCGUCUCAUCACUACUAAGCUUCGCGAAGACGCUCUCCGUCUCCGCAGCCUCGCAAGCAGCACCGCGGAUCCUGCGGUCCUGAAGUCCUCUCUAGGCGCAACUAAAGACAAGAUGCUCCGUGAAAUUCAUCUAAUCCUGACGCUCAUGCUUGGCCCACCACCUUCAUCUACCAAGCCUUUCACUUGGGAAUUCACCGACAAAGACGGCCAAUUCUGCUCCGUCACCACUCGCCCAACUGCUUUCGCAAAGGAGCUCAGCGACUCAAGGACUGUACGUGCACUAGGCGGCACAGACGUCACCCAACUUUUCAGCAUCGUCAACGACCCUCGCAACCCCUACAACCGCCUCCUCUCCGUGUCCCGCCUUGGCAACAUCUGGUCUGGCAGGCCCGUGACUUACGUCAAUGUGGACAUGAAGACCAUGAAAGAUGCCUGCAUCACGACGCUCAAGCGCGGCCUGCCCAUCUUCUUCGGUUCAGACGUCGGAAAGUACUCUGAUUCCACUAAGGGCAUCAUGGACACGGCGCUCUUCGACUACGAGCUCGGCUUCAACGUCCGCCUAGGGAUGAAGAAGGCGGAGCGUUUGAUGACGGGCGAGAGCGCCAUGACGCACGCGAUGGUGCUGACGGCUGUGCAUGUUGUUGAUGGCAAACCGGUGCGGUGGCGUGUGGAAAAUUCAUGGUCCGAGACCGCAGGUUCGCAGGGCUACUUUGUCAUGAGCGAUGAGUGGAUGGAUGAGUUUGUGUAUCAGGCGGUUGUUGAUCCUAGUGUGGUCAGUGCGGCGGUGAGGAAGGUGCUGGAGCAGAAGCCGAAGAUGUUGGAUCUGUGGGAUCCAAUGGGUGCGUUGGCUUAG